AGCAUGAUAAAAGUUCGAUUUUUAAAAUAUUUAUUGUAUAGAAAGAAUUUCUAGCUUGGUCUGCUAUAAAUCCAGUGUACACAGAAAAAUAUGCAACUCCUAUAACUUCCGAGCCCUAAUUAUAAGUAACACAAUAAAUUAUUGUCGGCGGUCUGUAUCGGUGUUGCGCGAAUGUCAAAACAUUUCACCUCCAUUUCAUUACGAAAACAGCGUAAUAAACGUACACGUCCCCGGCGCAUUCCGAAUGUUCCGAUACGUAUCGGGACGUACCGCCGCACCGGUGUGAUUAUCACAACACAGCGACCACAGCGAUGACGUUGCACGUACGUACGCGGUGAGUGUACCAACUGUACAUCGGCGACCCAUCGAAUACUCGGCGUAGUUGUGACUCGAGCGAUACCGCGGCAGACACCUCAUCUCGAUAAUUAUGCUGAAUACCAUUGUACGCUCUUGUAUAGUGUAAUACGGUGUGAUUACGUCUGUCGACGUCGUUGGCCGCCAUAUUUGUUUCGUUCGGUUACCGUCGCCUCCGCCGACCCACAGAGUCCCCGUACUCCGCCACUGCCACCGCCGUACCGCUGUUAUUUGCCUAUUAUAAAUUGCUAUUGUGUGUCUGCUGUCCGGCCCCGUCUGCUGCCGUUUCUCUCUAUCGCUCUACACUGGUCCGUUGUAUCAUUAACGUUUUAUCAUUGUAAGGUAAAAAAAAAAAUCUAUAAUAUUUAUACCAGUCAUCGCUUUUACUACCUAUACUAUUAUUAUUUAUUACUAUUGCGUCGUCUUUAUUCUAUUUGCCUAAAUUCUGCUCAUUUUAUCGUAUCUCGAAAAUACCAUUUUGUGCGGUGCAUAUAAUAUUUUCUCAUCGCCAUAUCUAAUUGUCAUAGUAAUAAAUUGUAGUUACAUACAAAAAAAUUGUAUUAUAGUUUGUUAUCACAUACGCCACCGUCGUCGUAUACCAGCGUACGCCCCUCAGCCAACGUCGCCUUCGUAACGUCACCUUAAACAAGUUGAAAAAAAAACAAGAGGAGACAAUAUGAGUCCAGACUAGUGAGUAUCUUUCAACAAUAGUGGUAAUAAUUAAUAUGUAUUAGUUACGUAUUUAUAAUAUAUGAACGAAGGUGUACGCGUUUUCCGUCGCCCCUCGUCCAGCUGUACAAUAUUGUAAUUUUAAAAUAUUAUUUUUAAUAUCGUAUACUAUUCGGUCAUUAUCAUAGUUUGGCUGGAUGACGUUUUUGUCAUCAUCAGGAACAUCCGCAGGAAAUUACAACUUGGCCCACAUUUUUCAGCCCUUAUCAUUUGGACUGUUAUAAAAUUAUUGUAGAAGCAACCCCCCCCCCUAUUUGUUGUAACAUAUUCAAGGUUUAAACAUUUAUCUUUAACUCCUGUUUCUGAAUUAAGACUUUUGUAUCUUAAGGAUAAGAAUUCAUAAAGUUCCAAUUUUUUUUUUGAUUUACUCGGUAUUAAAAAAAUAUUUGUGUCUUGUAAUAUUUCUGUAUUUGAAUCUAAAUGAAUACAGUUAUAUUUUGCUAAUUAAAAUCUUAUCGCUAAACUCUUGAAUGAUCCAUUGGAUAAAUUCCAAUAAAUUAUUCUUAAAUUGUUUUUUUUUUUAAAGUCACCUAUGUACAAAUUGAUAAUAAAUAUUAUUCUGUGCCAAUAAUGUCUGCUCUACCAACUAUUAUGGAAGAAAACAUCGAGUCUAUCACUGAGUUUAUUUCACAUGUACCUAUUGAGUUAUUAAUAGAUAUUAGAGUUGCAGAUAAAUUUCAACAAUUAAUUUAAUCUAUGAUCAGAUUCAUAUUUAUUUUUAAAUUUAAGUUUAUAAUAUUUACUUUGAACCCACAAAUUCUGUUAAAAUGUACUCGUUUUAGUAGAGUAAUUAUCUUAAUGCCUACCAUCCGAAAUCAUGCUCAUUUCUGAUAUUCUGAACAAGAUGUUAAGGAUGAGAAUACACCUUUAACUACAUUAGCAUAAUCACUUAAUGACCCAUUAUGUCCAAUAACAUCUUUAAAAUAAAUUUAAUUAAAAUUAACAAUUUUAAUAUUCUUUAAUUUACCUAUAUUUUUUGAAAUAAAUUACAAUUUUGUAAUAAUAAGAUUAUAUUAGUUAUUAAUCUUAAAAAAUAUAUAUUUAUUUAUAAAAUAUGUAGGUAUCUAUUUUUCUUCAAUUUUCAAAUGUUAAUUGUUAAAGUUGUUCAUUUUUUUUAAAUCUGUCCAACAUAUAUGCCAGUAGAUUAAUAUUCAAUCAAAUUGAAGUCAACAGUCUAAAUCAAUGUUAGAUAACUGUAAUAAACUUAAAUGUAGUUAUUAUAAAUAAUUUUUAUUAUCAUAUCACUUUUUAGAUGUUUGUAACAAUGUACUUAAUUUUGAUUUUUCUUUUGAUCCAUAACUUAAAUUAAGGAAUAUAUUAAUCAAUACUAGUUAACCUACACUAAUUUAAUGAAUUCAUUGUAUAUUAUAUGUUUGUUUACUUUUUUUUUUUGUAUAUUAUCUAAUGUUCAAUAUUUAAAUUUCCAUUGUAUAAUAUUUUGUGUAAUUAUAACUGUACUCAUUAUUUCAUAGAGUAUUGAAAUUUUAAAUAAUAAAUAAUAAAAAUGUUGAUAGGGCCUAAAUUCAAGUUUUAAUUAUGUUUUAAAAAUUAUGUUCAAUUAAUACAGUACUUAAAAACUAUUCGUUAUACUAUAGAGACUUAUUAUUAAUAAUCUGUAUUACUUAAUUUUAAGUACUCUAAGGAAACUACUAAAAUUAUUUUAAACAUCAAUUUCCAUAUCUAAUCAUUAGCAUUCUUUAACAUCAAACCGUGCAUUUAAAUCAUAUAUUGCUGGUGUGUAAGUGCAUAUUAUAAUCUAUAUUAUAAUAUAUUAUAUAUUUCAAUUGAAUUUUGUUGCUAUAACUUACUGAGCAAAAAAUAUUAAAAUGGCUCAGAAUCAUCAACUGUUAUUGACCAUUUAUUGUAAUUUGUAGUUAAAAUUUGAAUUAAUGGAUUCCUUUGAUAUCAAGACAGAAAUGGAAACAUUUAGCUUGAAUACAUUUGCUAAGGAUAAUAAAUAAAAAAGAAUAUUAUAUAUAACAUUGAUAUAGGUAAUUUUUCUUCAUUAAAAUUUGUAUGGCAAUCAAAUUUUGUGUUCAGAAAAUAUUUAAUAUAUUUUUAAUUUUGGGUGAAAUUAUUGAAGAUGAUUGAAGCUAUUGAUGAAUUGUUGAUAAUUACAAAUGUCUAUAUAUUUUUAACUGUAAUACAUAACUAUUCAAUAGCCUAACAUUAUCAAAGAACAUAAAAAAAAUAUAAAUAAUAACAAAAUUAAAAAAAUAAUUAGGGUCAAUAUACUGUAUUACAUUGUAAGUUAAUAUAUUUGUUUAUUAAAUAAAAUGUAAAUUUAAAAAAUUUAAAUGAACAAUUCUGUGCUUUUGAUUGUUACUGACAAAUUGUAUUUGUAUUUUCAGUGAUUACUUGUUUAAACUGUUGUUGAUUGGUGAUUCAGGAGUUGGUAAAUCUUGCUUAUUGUUACGGUUUGCUGAUGACACAUACACAGAUUCGUAUAUUAGCACUAUUGGUGUGGAUUUUGUAAGUUUAAAUCAUAUAUUAUUACUUAAAAUACCUGCUAAUAUAAAUAGUUCUUAAUAAUGGCCAGAUUUGUAUGUAAUUACAUACAUGUUUUUACUGAGUAUGCAACUCUAUUUGGAUGAACUUUUUUGAUGAUUCAUUUAUCAAUGAAAAAGAUUUACUACAGAAAAAAGUAUAUUUAAUGGCAAUAUGACACAUUUUAAAUUAAAUAAAUGUUUGUUGAAUAAACUCCAGAUUAAGGUAAUGGGUGUUUUUCAAUGAAAUUUUAUCUUUCAGUUAGUUUUAGGUGAGUAUUAAAUUUGUGAAUAAAAGAUAUUCGGUAGGUAGUGGUAAUGAUUAUUGUUGUAAUAGUGUAUUGUGGAACAUGUUGCAAUCAUUAUUUUGAUUAUGAUUUGUAAUAUCCUUACUGUUUUAUCAGUAAUUAAAAAAAUAUGUGAUGAAUAAUCAUUGUAUUUCUGUGCAUUGUUUUUCUCUUAAAUCAUGUACUAUUACUACACAUUGUACAUGAUUUAAGGUUUUUCUGUUUUUCGUUACUUUCGACUUUGUAAUCAUUAAAUUCAAACUUCUUUAAAACAAACGUAUUACAUCAUAAUUAUUAUAACUAUUAUUUAUAUAAUUAUUAUUACUAUUAUUUAUAUAAUUAUUAUUAAUAUUAAUUAUAAUUAAUUUGACUGAAAAACUUGGCUUAAUGCAAAUAAAAUAAGAUUUUAAUGAAAUUGAAGAAUAUAAUGUCUUAUUCUAAGAAUUUUAAAGUUUUAAACACAUAUAAAUCUGGUCUCUAGUUAUUAGGUAUGCUGAUAAUAAAAUGUUUAACUUUGUGGAACUGUAAAUUUUUUACAGAAUUUACAAUGUAUUUAGUUAUUUUAAAAUAUAUAUUUCAAUAAUAACCAUACUUGUUACUUGUUAUGUAAAUAUAUAUAUAGAAAAUCCGUACCAUCAAGCUGGAUAACAAAACUGUGAAGUUACAGAUCGUGAGUAUUGUGUUAUUAAUUCAAUGUGCAUAUUAUUUAAAAAUAAUCAAAGAAACAAAUUCUAUUAAAAUAUAAUAAUUUAAAUACUAUUAAGUUACAAUUGAAUCUAACUAGUAUGUUGAAAGCUUUUCAAUCAAACAAAAAUUAUAUUGAUUAUUUGUAGAUAUUUAUAACUGUAGUAGAUUGAUUAAAUAUUUGAUUUAAUUGAUUUAAUAUCUUGAAUUGUAUUUCAUUGUUAAAGUAGUGAAUAUUAAUAAAUGAUUUAUGUAAAAUUAUUAUUAGUUUAAAUGAUUAAUAAUUUCUAAUGAGCAAUGAAUUUUUAUAGUAGUAAUUAAUUUGGAAUUAAAUCAGUUGAGAUAACAUGAAUCAUAUUAGGAAUCAGUUGUUUUUUUUUUUAAGUAUACCUUCUUACAUAAUAAAAGUGUGUACACAUUAUUUUCUAUUUAAACAAUUCAAGUAUUAUACAUUUUAAUAGCUUACAGAAAUACAAAUAAUCAAAAUUAAUAUAUUAUCAUAUUUUUACUGCUAUUUUUUCUUUGGAAACUUAAUUUUAUUCAAUAAAUUCUAGUUAUUAUAUAUAUUUUAUCGAAUUUGAAUAUUAAAUCACUAAAUAGGUUAAGUCAAAAAAUUUUAAAAUUUAAAAACACUAUGAGUUUGGUUCAAUUCAAAAAUCGAACAGUUCAUCAGAUCUCUAGUUAUUACCAUUGCAAUAUUAAGCAUUUUCAGAUAAAAAUAUUGAACUAAAAAUAAAAAAUUAUAUGUAGUGGGACACUGCUGGACAAGAACGAUUCCGUACAAUCACAUCAUCAUAUUAUCGUGGAGCGCAUGGCAUCAUAGUGGUUUAUGAUUGCACAGACAUGGAGACAUUCACCAAUCUGAAACAAUGGCUAGAAGAGAUAGCUAGGUAUGCAUGUGAUAAUGUAAACAAAUUAUUGGUGGGCAAUAAGUGUGAUUUACAAGACAAGCGUGCUGUAGAUGAAGCAACAGCUAAGGUGAGGUUAUCAUAAUAUUAUUAGUUAGUGCCUACAAAUUAUGUACUCUUAUACUCUACUAGUUCUCUAAGUACAAUAUUAUAAUACAUAUUUAGUUAGAAAUAGCAAUUUCGGCAUUGGCCUACUAUUUAAUGUAGGUAAAUUAUAACUGAAUAUAUUAUUACUAGAGACCGGAUUUAUAUGUUUUUAAAAUCCACAUAAAAGAACUUCAAACCUUCAAAAAGCCUUAAAAAAAAAAUCUCUUAACAAAUAUAUAAAACAGCAAAAAUAAUAGAGGGGUUUAAUAGUCUCCCCCUCUAAUGAAUUUAAUUUAUAAAUACAUUUUUCUAAUACCACAAAAAUGAUUAAUAAAAGGUAAUUUUAUAUAAAAAAAAUCAUUUUAUGUUAAUUAUUUUUUAGUGGUAGGAAAUAUAAUUUAAAAUCUAGAGACAUUAGAGACUGACUUUAAAACACCCUCUAUCAUUUUUAAUUUUUUAAAUGUGUAUAAGUGCUUAUUUUUGGGCUUUUUGGUGUUUUUAAGCAUUUUCUGCAGACAAUAAAAUAAUAUAAAUUUAGUCUCUAAUUAUUGCCAACUGGUAAUAUGUAAUACAUAAAUAUAUAUAUAUAAAUAUUUGUUGUAUCCAAACAGGAAUAUGCUGACCAUCUUAAAAUUCCAUUCCUGGAAACAUCGGCUAAGCAAGCAACCAAUGUAGAAUUGGCAUUUUUGACUAUGGCUGCUGAGAUUAAGAACCGUAUUGGGCCACAAGAUGGCCAAGGAGGACCUGGUGCAGCUGAUGGGGUUGGAAAAGUUACAAUUGAUUCCAAAUCAUCUGAUACAUCUGGUAGUUCUGGUGGCUGUUGUUAGUGUGUCCCUAUAGACAUUACAACACUCUUGUGGACAACAAUUGUCACUGAUAAUGAAAAGUUGAGCCACUGGCGAAGAUAGAUGAUAUAUAUAUAUAUAUAAUGUAAUAAACUUAUUAAAAACAAAAUUUAAUGCUGGGGAAAUACAUUUUUCGAAUACAUAAUACAUAAAAUAUAAAAGAAAAUAUUGAAAUGGCAGCAUGCAGGCCGGCUAUCAGUUUGUCCAUAAUUCUAUCACCCUAUAUUUUUUUUUUAUUGCCUUUAAUUUGUGUACAUAUACAUAUAAUAUAUUUUAUUAUUAUUACCUAUAAUUAUUAUUAAUUGCCUCAUUGUAGCAUCAGUCAUGUCGUGGUAUGUUCUUUAUUAUUAUUAUAAUUAUUUUUAUUAUUAUUAUUAUUAUCAUUAUUAUUAUUAUUAUUAUUGAUAUUAUUCAAUGCAUUCAACCACUUCCCUCUGCACACCUGCACAUCAAAAACAUUCCUUUUAUCAUCACCAUUUUGACAGAAAAUAAUGUAUGAUGAAAAAACUACAAAAUAAAUUAAUAAUUACUUAUCUCUUGUUGUCAUAGUAUAUGUUUUUAUCACAGAAUACUGUUAUUUUAUAAUAUAGAUAUUUUAUGUACCUUUCUGUUGUCCACAUUUAUACACAUAGUGUUAAAUUGUAUUAUUAUUUUAUUUUAUUUUUUCAAAAUUCAUUCAAAAAUAAAUUAGUUAACUUUUUACAUGAUGUAUUAUUAGUCUGUUAACUAACAGUUAAUAAUACAAAAACCACAUAUAAAUAUACACAAUAUGUAUUGUACUUGUAUUUUUAUAAUAUAAUAUCAUUA